AUGAGGGACAAGAUCAUCAUACCAAUUCCCUACGCCUUGCAACUUAUCAACGUCGCGAUUAAAGCCGCACGCUCGACAGGCCCACAGGAAGUGCUCCCAAACGAAGGCAUCCCCGAAAAGCUUGCCCAGGUUUCCAUACCGGGCACCCAAAGCAGAAAGGAAGAAAUUAUCCUGACAGACUAUGACAGGGAAUUUAUGCGCCAAGAUGGCCGCUUCUUCACUUAUGAGAACUUCAUCUUUUGUCUGACGGCCUACGGAGAUCGCCUGAGGAUUUUGCAGGAAUGCGGACGUCUGGAUAGCUAUGCCUCGCAGGUUCUGAUCAGCGACGAUGCCGGUGUAGGGAUUGCUACAUUCACAGUCACAAAGGAAAGAAGUGUGCAAAUAAUGUGA